AUGUUGGCCAUGUCCACGUUGAUGAUGCCCGCGGCAACAGUGACCACCAUGACCAACCCGGCGCCCAUAGCGAUCGCUCAACCUUCCAAGUUCGAACCCAAGUACAUACUCAGCCACAACCCACCGCCGCAGAUGACGGCCACCGCAGUGGUGCCCCAGAUGACCAUCAACAAAUCAGAACACCAUCACAUAUUUGUCGGUGACCUGAGUCCUGAAAUCGAGACGCAAACACUGCGAGAAGCAUUCGCACCUUUUGGCGAAAUAUCGGAUUGCCGAGUAGUACGAGAUCCGCAAACAUUAAAAUCAAAAGGCUACGGCUUCGUGUCGUUUCUGAAAAAAGCUGAAGCCGAGAGUGCGAUCGCCGCGAUGAAUGGUCAGUGGCUGGGCAGCAGGAGCAUAAGGACAAAUUGGGCGACCAGAAAACCACCGACGUUAAAAACCGACUCAAACACCAAACCGCUGACGUUUGACGAAGUGUACAACCAGUCGAGCCCGACCAACUGCACCGUGUACUGCGGUGGACUGACCAGCGGACUCACCGACGAGCUGGUGCAGAAGACGUUCGCUCCAUUCGGCAACAUCCAAGAGAUACGGGUGUUCAAAGACAAGGGUUACGCAUUCGUCCGAUUCGCCACCAAGGAAUCGGCCACUCACGCUAUAGUGGCUGUCCACAAUUCGGACAUCAACGGCCAGCCGGUCAAGUGUUCGUGGGGCAAAGAGUCCGGUGAACCGAUCGUGUCGCAAAACGCGUCGCAAGUGUGCUCGUCGCAGGCGGCACUCAGCAGCACACAGUUCCCGUACACCGCCGCGGCGUACGGCCAGCAACUCGGUUACUGGUACCCGCAGAGCUAUCCGGCCACACAGCUACAGGGCCAGUUCCUGCAGGGCGUCCAAGGUUACACGUACGGACAGUUCGGCUACCAACAAGGUUAUCUCGGUCGGAUGGGAAUGCAAGCACUGCCGACGGGAGCGACGACCGCGUGGACUCAACCAGGGGCUCUACAGCCCGGCCAACAGAUCGCGUCUGCCGUAGCGGCCCAACAGUCGGCCCCGGCCCCGGCCCCGCCACCCGCCGCCGCAGCCAUGAUACCGGCCUAUCCGACGCUCCACCAGUUUCAGAUAGCCGACGAAGAGUGGCUUACGCCAAGCCUGCUGGUCUGA